CUCCCUUUUUUUCUUUCUUUCUCUUCUCUUUUUCUUGUUUCAAGAUUUGCGAGGAAGGAUUUCUUUCUCCCGCUUACCGUCUUCUUCGAAUGAACGGUACCCUUUGCGAGAUCUAGGUUUUGUAUUGGAUUCUCGUGAAGCAGAUUCUAGGGUUUUAUAAACAACCAAUUUUCUGUUUGCGCCCGUCUCGUUGCAAUUCCUAAGGGUCGACUCGAUCUAGGGCUUUCUUUUAAUGGGGUUUAUGCUCGAAGGAUCUAGGAUUCGUCUUUUCUGCUCGCCUCUUGGAAGUUGAUCUUAUGGCACCAACUGUUCCCAUAGACUUCCUUGGACAGAGGGAAUCAAAAACUUGUUCAUUUGUACAAAUGAUAGGGAAAUCUAGGAAGUACUCUAAAGGGCAUGCUUCUGGUUUUAUACCUGAUUAUCGGCAUGCUGUGGAGACCAUGGCUGAGUCGGAGGGUUUGGGAAGUUCAGGGCGAGUUGAUAUGGAGAUGACAGCUUCAGAGGAUUCCUAUGCUCCAAAAAGGAAAUGCAUUUGUUUGAACACGGAAAGCUAUGAUAGUUUUGGUGUCCCAAUGCAAGUCCUGUCAUUGUCAAGGAUGUCAAAGAGUGAGAGGAAAGAUUUGGAGUCAAGGUUGAAAUUGGAACUUGAACAGGUCCGGAUACUUCAGAAAAGAGUUGCCUCUUUAAGUUCUAAUGUGGUUGCAUUUUCACCUUCUAGUGAUAUUUGGAGCUGCCCUGAUGGGCAGAAGAGGUUGCCACUGGAUAAUUUCCGGAAUAAAUCAGGGUUUUUGAGUUCACAGGGCAAGAAACGAGCUCCAGGACGCUAUGGGGCCCGCACAAAAAGGACUGCCUCUGGGCACUUUAAAGUAGCGAAGAAAGCUGUAUCUGCAAGUAACUCAGAAGGCAUAUUUAUGCAACAGUGUGAGACUUUACUUAAUCGCUUGAUGAAUCAACCGCAAGGUUAUAUGUUUAACACUCCAGUUGAUGUGGUCAAGUUCAACAUUCCUGAUUAUUUUACUGUGAUUAAGCAUCCAAUGGAUUUGGGGACAGUGAAGAGCAAGAUUGCUUCAGGUGAAUAUUCUAGUCCAUUGGAAUUUGCUGCAGAUAUACGACUUACUUUCUCUAAUGCUAUGACUUACAACCCCCCUGGA